AUGGAAGAAACACUAUUAUUGCCAUCACCUAAUUGGUUUCAUACUUCUGGUUUGAGUGUUAGCGGCGAUGGUUGGUUGGUUUAUGGCGGUACUAGCAAAAGUCUUUGCAUAUUGGAACCUUUACCGCAAAAUGUAAAUGGUAUUAUCCAGGGAGAUGGCUAUCGAGCUCAUGUAUUAACUAAGGCUCACGGAGAAAAAAUUGUCAGUGUCGACAUUUCUCCGGAAUGGCCUGAGAAAAAAGCGGUGUUAUCUGGCAGCACAGAUGGUUCAGUGAAGCAGUGGAUUAUGGAACUAGACAGCAAUAAAUAUAAAUUUAAAUCCACACAUAGCCAUGAUAUACACUAUAAUGAUAAAGAGGGGGUAGCAGGAGUUGGAUACAGCACUAAAGCGUGCGCAAUCACAGUGAGCUGUUUUGGUAAUAUAGUAAAAUGGAAUCUUAAUUCCAAUGUUGUAAAGACAUACAAAAAUUUUCUCAAAAACUUCAAACCAACAUGUAUGUCUUGCUCACAGCACAUAGCUUUACACUUGGCCGUGGGGACAAAGCAAGGGGUGAUUUUUGUUUUGGACUUAAAUGGUACUGGAAAAAUAUUGUAUAAAGUUCGAGGGCAAGAUGAUGAAAUUGCCCAUGCAAGUUGGUGCCCGCAAUAUGAAGUUGUUUUAAAAAAAUAUCUCAAGGAAUCUGAUAAGAGGAUAAGUGCUAACGAGAGAAUGAAUAAAAUUAGGCAAGAACCUGAAGAUACUGCUCAGAUACUGGAUCAGUCCGCUAUUUCUAAGGACCUUCCUGAUGACAGCUUUGAUGAAUCUGUGGUUGUGCAGGAAGAUGACUUGUUUGAUAUAUAUAAGGAUGAUGAGACAGAUGAAUUUGGGCCAAAGAAAUAUGAACCUGAGGUGAUAUUAGUUAAAGUCAAAGAGGAAGUUGAAACAGAUGUCAGUUAUCUAGAUGAAUGUAUGAAAUUAAAAAAAGAAAUUCUAAAAAGAAAAAGUGAACCAGAACCUAGUAUGGCUAGCCUAGUAGAAGCUUUAGAAAAAACACAUGUUGAAAAUGAAUAUAAGGAACACUUGAGUAAAAUUUCUCAGGCUAAUGAAGGAGACCCAUGCAUAAGUGAAGAUAAAAGUGAAGCGAGUAGUCACACACAUAAACAUCUUUUAGCCACAGUAGGAAAACAAGGAGGAGUUCGUAUAUGGUCAAAGACAGGAAAACUGGUGGGCAGUUGUGCUGUACCUAAUGCUGGAAAUAAGAACCAAAGGACUAAAUUACCCAAUUGUACCACUUUGUUGUGGUACAAAGCUGAUACUCUGUUGAUAGCCGAUGGCAAGAGUCAACUUUUGCAAUGCAAUCCUUUAAAAAUUGAUUGUAAAAACAAGUUGGAAUUUCAAGUGGUCCACUCAAUUCACAAACGUGGAUUAUAUAGUAUUGUCUCCGAUGCUCCAAAAAUCCAAACUAUUGAGGAAAUAAAUGCAGCUAAGACAAAUCACUGGAGCAUAUGGACAGCUGCACAGGACCGAAACUUGGUUAGAUACUCUUUGGAAAGAAAACAGAAGCUAUCUGUUCACGCAACUUGUGGGGGUUUCCUGUAUAACAUACAGCCAUGCCCAUAUGAUGCUAGGAAGGUAGCAGUUAGUGUUGGCGAUGGGGCCGUGAGGGUCUGGGAAGCAGAUACUGCAGAUGAUGAUGAUACUAAGCUGUAUCCUGGCAAAGUGACCACAUACUGGCAGAAUGUUCAGGGAAAAGUGUUGUCCAUUGCUUGGCAUCCUACAAAAGAGAAUUUACUCGCAUUUGGUACAGCUGAGUCUAGGGUAGGUUUAAUCGACACAAAUGGAAAAACAGAGCGAGCGGCGCGAACUCUCGUACCUGCAUUAAAUGGCGGCGCGUAUUCGCUAUGCUGGGGCAAAGAAGAGCAGUUGUUCGCUUGUGCAGGUGGAAAACUUGUACUAUACCAUUCCAACCGACCCGAUCAACCUCCAGAGAUGAUCAAUGUGAGUAUGGAGGGUCAGCCGUGGGAAGUGAGUUGCGUGCGAUAUUUUGUUAAUUCGCUAGUCAUCGGUACCGGGAAUGGCGCCGUGGCCUUGCUCGAGCGACCUCCCUCCUACAGCGUGUUAGCUGUCAACUAUGUUUACACAAAAAUGAUUUAUAAUAUCGAGUGGCACCCUCAGCAAACUUCAGAAUCUAAUGACAAAUCUCCAUACAGAAAUCUAGUAGCAGUGACAUCACUAGACAAGCAAAACACCAUUACCAUUUUAGAGUAUGGAGUAAAAGAAGAUGGUACAAAACAGCUCCAGUUAUGGAAAACAUUAAGUGGUCACAAAAGCGCUGUAUAUCAAGUGGCUUGGAACCCACACCGGGAUGAACUCAUACUAUCCAGUUCCCAAGACUCCACUGUUCGGGUUCGUAUUGUUCAAAUAAUUUUCUCAUAA